UCCGUCUCCUCACAGGCAGGCGUGCCCUUCUCCUCCUCAUUAGCCAUUACCCUCUCUCUCUCUCUCUCGACCUCCAUUACUGUGCUCUCAAGCUUUUUCACACUUUUCCAACACUAUCAUCCCUUCUUCAUCUCCAUAAAACCUCGUUCAUGGAGCCCUGGGAUCGACCAAAACCCUCCAGAUCGCAUGAUCGUUUCCGAAGCCGCAGAGAUAAUCCUUCCUUCUCCUCCACUCUCCUUGACCAAAUCUACCGCUCCAUCGACGACGACGGCGACUCCAUGAGGAAGAACAAGCAGCUCCACGACGACAAAAUCCUCCCCCACCGCCGAUCUGUCGCCGCCGAUUUCGACAGAUCCGCCGCUCCCAGGAGUACGGACUCCGUUUUCUUCAAGCACUCCAGCUCCAGCUCCUCCGAUUCCAGCGGGUUCUCCUCCUCCGAGUCCGAUUCCUUCUACGGCCGCUCCAGAUCGUCGCCGGCGAAACCGAUUCGGACGGCCGUUGAGAGGCUCGACCGGUCACCGGUGCAGAUUCACCGAUCCGGCGUCCAGAAACAGGAGCUCGGGAGCUUCCUCAGAACGAAAUCGAAGGCGUUGAAGAUGUACAGCGAGUUGAAGAAAGCGAAGCAGCCGAUCUCACCCGGUGGUCGCCUCGCUAGCUUUCUCAACUCGCUCUUCACCGCCGGUAACGCAAAGAAGCUGAAGAAAGUUUCCACCGCCGGUAACGCAGCGUUAUCCUCGUCCACGUGCUCCUCCGCGUCGUCAUUCUCCAGAUCAUGCUUGAGCAAAACGCCGUCGUCUUCCACCGGAAAAUCCAAAAGAUCCGUACGGUUCUGUCCCGUUAGCGUUAUCCUCGACGAAGACUCGCGCCCUUGCGGCCACAAGAGACUGCACGAGAAGGAAACCAACCCUAACCAAAGCCGCAGCUUCAACCUCGACGAGCUCGAAAUCCACGCCAUGGAGGAAAAUCGCCGCGUGAUCGAAGCCGCCAAGGAUCUUCUGAGAAGUUACCAGAUGAAGAAGAAGAAGAAUGAUAGGUCGUCGACGGAAGAUACACGCAACGUCGGCGUUAUCGCCAUGGACGAGGACGAAGAUGACGCGGCGAGCUGCGCGAGCUCCGAUCUGUUCGAAUUGGAUAAUCUGUCGGAAAUAGGGAUCGAGAGGUAUAGAGAGGAGCUUCCCGUGUACGAGACCACGCACCUGAGCACUAAUCGAGCCAUCGCCAGUGGCUUGAUCGUGUAAUAAAUGGUUAAAUCAUAUGUUCAAUGCUAAUUAGUCAAUUUUCUUGGUCUUAAUCUAUCAUUAGUAAAAAUCGGUUUGGGGUGUUUUAA